AUGACUACUAAAAAAUCACAAAAAAUCACCUUCAACAUUUCUCAAAAUUUCAAAUUAUUAAAGAUUCUUGGUGAAGGUGCCUAUGGUAUUGUUGCAUUAGCUAUUCAUCUACCAAGCAAAACCAAAGUUGCAAUUAAGAAAAUUGAACCCUUUGAAAGACCCUUAUUUUGUCUUCGAACAUUACGUGAAAUCAAAUUAUUAAACAAAUUUAAUAAUCAUGAAAAUAUUAUAAAACUCUACGAUGUUCAAAAUCCAUUAAAUUUUGAAAAUUUUAAUGAAGUUUAUUUAAUCCAAGAGUAUAUGCCAUCUGAUUUACAUAAUAUUAUUCGUACACAAGUUUUAACAGAUCAACAUAUUCAAUAUUUCAUAUAUCAAAUUUUAAAAGGUUUGAAAUUGAUUCAUUCAGCAAAAGUGAUUCAUAGAGAUUUAAAACCUUCAAACAUUUUAAUUAAUGAACAAUGUGACUUGAAAAUUUGUGAUUUUGGCUUAGCUAGAUUAGAUUAUGCAUAUUAUAAUAAAAAUUCAAAAAUUUCAUUAUUAACAGAAUAUGUUGCAACAAGAUGGUAUAGAGCACCUGAAAUAAUGUUAAAUGCAUCAAACUACUCAACUUCAAUUGAUAUGUGGUCAGUUGGUUGUAUAUUAGCAGAAUUGUUAACCUAUAAGCCAUUGUUUCCCGGAGUUGAUUAUAUAAACCAAUUAAAUUUAAUUUUUGAUAAAUUAGGUACUCCAAAUGAAGAAGAAAUGAAUAUAAUGAAAUCAACAAGAGUUAAAACUUUUAUUAAAUCAUUACCUGAAAGACAUAAGAUUAAUUGGUAUGAUUUUAUAAACAAUCACCCAUAUAGAAGAAUUAAACAUAGAGGUAGAGAUUGUCAAGUUAAUUCUUUGGCAAUUGAUUUAUUGGAAAAAUUAUUAGUCUUUGAUCCAAAUAAACGAUACAACAUUAAAGAAGCUUUAGAACAUCCUUAUUUAUCAGCUUAUCAUGAUCCAUUAGAUGAACCAGUUACAACUUCAAUACCAGUUGAAGAAUUUAAAUUUGAUGUUAAUAAAAAUGAUUUAGAUAUACUCGAUUUAAAGAUGCAAAUAUUUAACUUAAUAAUGUCUAAGAAAUAA